UUUCCAUAACCCAACAAAAAACCAAUGGCAAAGCUAUCCACGGCCCGAGACUUCCGCAGUUACGGCCCGCCCACGGCCCGAAACCGGUGGGAAUACGCCAACGCCGGAAUCUACAUCGUCGCCGCCGUCCUCCUCUUCGGCGGCUUCUUAGCCCAGCAAUCCCCGACGGGAUUCGACGGCAGAUCUGGCCUCGCCGUCAUCAUCAUCGGCUUAUUUCUGAUCGCCGCCGUCAACGCUCAUGAUCUCAUUGCUCAUCUGACCGGCUUUGAUUUCUCUCUCCCGUUGAUUGAGUUCGACGCUCAGUUGGCUUUGGUGGAGAUUGCUGUUCCGAUCGUACUCUUCGUCGGCGAUAUCCUCACCGCCGUUGCUGUAAUUUUCCUUCUGGCACAGAUGGAGAGAGGGCAUUAUAAUUGGAGCUUGGAGAAGCAUGCUGUGAACCUGUUGAUAGCCGGUCCGGUUUUCUGGCUUUUGGGUUCGGUUCAUGAUUUGUGCCAGGUUUAUGAGAGAUCCAACGGUCUUCUCCAGCUUCUGCAGAAGAGUGUUCAGAUUCCAUUUCUAAUGGGCAGUUUGCUGUUCUUGGUGGGAGGGAUCUUUAACAGAUAUGAGAUCUUUGGACAGAUUCAUCAUCAUAGCUUCAAGCUUGUGGGUGAGAAUUGGGUCUGGUUGAGCCUAUUUGGGAGCUUGUUAUUUCUAAUUGGAGGCUUAAUGAAUGUAGUAAAAGUGUUCAAGAUGCAACAAAUGGAUAGAGGUGGACUAGAGAGCCUUAGAGGUGGUGCCCUUGAUAGGCUCAUUAGGGAGAGGGAGGGUAGGGUGCCCUUAAUCUUGGAAGGGAGUCGACGUCGCGAUCAAUCCUCUGAAGAGUCAAUGCCGGCUUCCACCGCCCCCAUGCCGACGCAUCCAUCGGUCGGUGGUGGCAACGGUGGGGCAAAAUCAAAACCUUAUAAGGAUGUUCUAGUAGGUGGUGGAGGUGGAGUUUGAAGCUCUUGAUUUAGCUUUGAAAUAACAAUGAUUUUUUGUUAGUUUUUUGUUUUAGAUUGUGCUUUCUUGUUCAUUCUCAGUGUGGGGAAAUUAUUUCGUGUAGAGUUCGGACAGAAAUUCUCAUCCAGAUUGUAAGCGUACAUACUGUAUACACUUUUUGUACACAGUUUGGUUUGUACACACAAUCCGAACGGAAACUUUCCGUCCGAACUCUAUACAGAAUAAUUUCUCCAUUGUGUGGAUUUUCACUUGGAGUUGGUAGAGAUGUAACAAAGUCGAGAUGUUUUGUUAUUAUUAUAUGUCAGUGAAUGUUAGAUGACCUGAUUGACAAAGAUUUUUGCUGGUUUA